UUUUCAUGGUCCGGAUUCCUUUAGAUAAAUUCAGCCAGGCAAAAAUCCAUCGAUAUUAGGAGUAGUAUAUUGUUUUUAUGUUGACAAAAGGACUUUUUGGUUCCCUGUGACUCAAUCCACCAUCGGUUGGUUGUUCUCCCUUGUUCUAUCUGGAGACUUCUCCCAAAAUCAGACGACGGCAGUUUCUCCCUUCCCAUUCCAAAAUCACAGAAAUUUAUACAAUUCUCCAGCAAACCCACUUUCAAUUUGCUUCUUUUUAGCCUCGGCUAACAGAGAUUCAAUCUUACUUUUCCUGUGAGCUGCUCUGAAUACUUCAAGAUAAGGACUUUUUGUAGGGUUGAAUUACUGGUGGCUACAUUGUGUUCUUAGUAAAGAGUCGUUCCCUUCCUUCUUUAUUGGUUUAGAUACCUAGCGAAAAGGGGAAAAAAGAAAGAUUUUUUUUGGGGUUUUAGCAGUUGAGAGAUAUGGGUUCUUUCUGCUGCUGUCCGUGUGAUGAUGAUUAUGAAGAUUAUCCAAGUAAUUCAAUCUACAGGCACUGCACAUGCCUUAGAUUCUUUUUCCACCAGCUGUUUUCUGGGAAUAGUGCAAUGUUUCAAAGAAUCGAGGGAAGGUCGGCAUCUUCAUCAUUUGAAGGAGCAACUUUGGCAUCCUCGGGGAUUGGCACAGCUCUACCAGAUAGUUCCUUAAGUGAUGCACACCAAUCUAUCUCUAGACCACUGCCUUAUGACGCUGAUCAGAGAUACUCUCGUUUGCAACGCGAUGGUUUGGUCUCUAGGCGUGAUAAGCCAAUGACUCAUUUUCAAGAAGAAUCACAGCCAAUGAGAAGAAAUAUGAGUAGUUCUGGUAUGGAGAUAUUGGGUUCUGGGAAGAGACGGAAUGGAGUUGAUUUUGAUGAGGAGUUGAAACUUGGCCAUUCAGGGUCCUCAGAGAAGGCAUUAGCCACAAAAGUUGCACCUGGAGUACUUUAUGUACAACCUUCUGGUGAAGAGGAAGAUGUCUGCCCUACAUGUCUUGAUGAAUAUACUCUGGAAAACCCAAAAAUCACGGCAAAGUGCUCACAUCAUUUUCACCUUGGUUGUAUAUACGAGUGGAUGGAAAGAAGUGAAAGCUGUCCAAUAUGUGGCAAGGAGAUGGAAUUUUUUGAAAGCCCUUGAAGUUUGCGAGGAGAUUGAUUGCAAAGAAAGAGAGCGAACUUACAGAUAAGCCGAGACAAUGUAAAUAAGUUAUGUCCAUAACAGGCUUCCCCACAGGAAGCUGGUUGUUUUUACCCUCUUGCUUGUAUUUUCGUGCAAGAGUCCUUACUCCACUCAGUGCCUAUUUACUUUUCAACAAUGAACUAGCAUUUUAACACUUGAAGUGACAAUUACAUGAAUUUGCGAUUAUACCAAUAAAAUGACCACGGAUUAUAGAGUUGUAAUUCA